AUGCAUAAAGCAUCCAGUUCAAAGAAAAGCUUUGAUGAUACCAUUGAACUAAAAAAAAAUGAACAGUUACUGAAACUGAUUAACUCUAGUGAAUUCACUCUUCACAAUUGUGUGGAGUUGCUAUGCAAGCAUUCCGAGAAUAUUGGUAUUCAUUACUAUUUAUGUCAGAAAUUGGCCACAUUUCCUCACAGCGAACUACAGUUCUAUAUACCUCAACUAGUACAGGUACUGGUCACCAUGGAGACAGAGUCAAUGGCUUUAGAAGAUUUGCUAUUAAGGUUGAGAGCGGAGAAUCCUCAUUUUGCACUACUGACAUUUUGGCAGUUACAGGCGUUAUUAACGGAUUUAUCUACUGACCCCGCUUCUUAUGGUUUCCAAGUGGCUAGGAGAGUCUUAAACAACUUACAAACCAAUCUUUUCAAUACGAACUCCGGUAACGAUAAAAAUGUUAAAAUACAUGAAAACGUUGCACCUGCCUUAGUUCUUUCCUCUAUGAUUAUGUCGGCAAUAGCAUUGCCACAAUUAAGCGAAGUCACCAAGCCAUUGGUGGAAUCUCAAGGUGGAAGACAAAAAGCUUUUGUUUUCAAAUUGGCUAGAAGUGCAAUGAAGGAUUUCACCAAAAACAUGACCCUGAAAAACACCCUACUAAACAAGAAAACCUCCAGAUCCAAAAGAGUCAAUUCAAACCGCAGCUCAACUCCAACUUCUCCGAUAGAUUUAAUAGAUCCAAUAAAAACUAAAGAAGAUGCAUCAUUUAGGAAAUCCAGACAUAGUGAGGUAAAAUUGGAUUUCGACAUCGUAGAUGAUAUAGGUAACCAAGUCUUUGAAGAGCGAAUCUCAUCCUCAAUCAUACUGCCAAAACGCAAGCCCAAGUUUUUGGAUAAUUCGUACGUCCAUAGAACGUAUGAUGGCAAAAAUAUCAACAGGGAUGAAACCAUCUUGAAAACCGGAAAAACUAUAGAUGGAAAAAUAAGUGAUUACGUUUCUUCAAAGGGAUUUAAUGAUGAAAAUGCUAACAAUGUCGAUGAAACUGGUGGAGAAACGGAGGAGGACACGGACGCUCUAAACUCCGACCAAUUCACCAGUUCUAUGCCAGAUCUGCAUAAUAUUCAACCAAGGCUAUCUUCUGCUUCGUUUGCUUCUUUGGAGGGAACACCCAAAUUAAACAGGACUAAUUCCCAACCCCUUUCACGCCAAGCAGUCAAAAAAGGUAAAAAGGCGAACUCCUCUUUGAGUCAAGAGAUUGACUUGACUCAGCUAUCGACUACUUCAAAAAUUAAAAUGUUAAAAGCAAAUUAUUUUCGUUGUGAGACACAAUUUGCCAUUGCACUAGAAACAAUAUCUCAAAGGUUAGCUCGAGUACCGACAGAAGCCAGAUUGAGUGCCUUGCGCGCAGAGUUAUUUCUAUUAAAUAGAGACCUACCAGCAGAAGUGGAUAUCCCGACUUUAUUACCACCAAAUAAAAAAGGAAAGUUGCAUAAAUUAGUGACUAUUACUGCUAAUGAAGCACAGGUUUUGAACUCUGCAGAAAAAGUUCCAUAUUUACUUCUGAUAGAAUACUUGAGGGACGAAUUUGAUUUUGAUCCAACAAGCGAAACCAAUGAAAGGCUAUUAAAGAAGAUCAAUAGUAACCAAGGAGGCUUAAUAUUUGAUUUGAAUUAUAUGAAUAGAAAGGACAACGAUAACAAAAAUGAGAGUACUCUUGCUAGCAUAAGCACUCGAUCUUCAGUAUAUGAUAACAGCACGUUUAACAACAGAAUAUCCCGUAAUGAAAAUUUAUCCGAUACUUCAAGGAAUGAUUCGGCCUCUACAGCCCAAGUUAGAACUGAAGUUAAUAAAGAGGAAGAUUUGGGUGAUAUGUCAAUGGUAAAAGUCAAAAACAGAACUGAUGAUGAGGCGUAUAGAAAUGCUUUAGUAUUACAGAGUGCUGCAAGUGUUCCAAUUUUAUCUGAUGAUAGUCAAGACAGAAGCCCAGAGUUGAACUUUGGUUCGAACUUAGAUGAAGUACUCAUUGAGAAUGGAAUUAAUAGCAAAAAAAUCCAUAGUCAAACUGACGCUUUAGCAGACCAGAUGAGAGUUUCAGCUGUUAUGUUAGCGCAAUUAGAUAAGUCGCCACAGCAGUUAUCAGAAAGUACAAAACAGAUUCGCGCCCAAAUUAUUUCAUCAAUGAAGGAGGUGCAGGAUAAAUUUGGUUAUCAUGAUUUGGAAGCCCUUCAUGGGAUGGCAGGUGAGAGAAAAUUGGAAAACGAUCUAAUGACAGGUGGUAUCGAUACUUCAUAUCUGGGUGAGGAUUGGGCCACAAAGAAAGAGCGGAUACGAAAAACUUCAGAGUAUGGCCACUUCGAAAACUGGGAUUUAUGUUCUGUAAUCGCUAAGACGGGUGAUGAUUUGAGACAGGAGGCAUUUGCAUACCAGAUGAUUCAAGCAAUGGCCAAUAUUUGGGUUAAAGAAAAAGUUGACGUUUGGGUUAAAAGAAUGAAAAUUUUAAUUACUAGUGCAAAUACGGGACUUGUGGAGACCAUCACAAAUGCUAUGUCCGUGCAUAGUAUUAAGAAGGCCUUAACCAAAAAAAUGAUCGAAGAUGCGGAACUGGAUGACAAGGGUGGUAUUGCCUCUCUGAAUGAUCACUUCCUUAGAGCUUUUGGUAAUCCAAAUGGUUUUAAGUAUAGAAGAGCACAGGACAACUUUGCUUCCUCGUUAGCCGCAUAUUCUGUCAUUUGCUAUCUCUUGCAGGUUAAAGAUAGACACAACGGUAAUAUUAUGAUCGAUAACGAGGGCCAUGUAAGUCACAUCGACUUUGGGUUUAUGCUAUCGAAUUCACCUGGCUCAGUGGGGUUUGAAGCUGCACCGUUUAAACUGACUUACGAAUAUGUUGAACUGCUAGGAGGAGUAGAAGGGGAAGCUUUUAAAAAGUUUGUUGAACUGACGAAAAGUUCAUUUAAAGCUUUGAGAAAGUAUGCUGAUCAAAUUGUAUCAAUGUGUGAGAUCAUGCAAAAGGACAACAUGCAGCCUUGUUUCGAUGCUGGCGAACAAACGAGUGUACAACUACGACAAAGGUUCCAAUUGGACCUGUCAGAAAAAGAAGUUGAUGACUUCGUAGAAAACUUUUUGAUAGGCAAAUCUUUGGGUAGUAUUUACACCAGAAUAUAUGACCAAUUUCAACUUAUCACGCAGGGUAUAUAUAGUUGA